AAAUGUGAUGAAGCCAAACCGAUUUGUGCAAGGUGUGAAAAGUUUGGAGUCGAUUGCGAUGGCUACGAAAGUAAAAUUGAACCACGUCGAUCCUUCAAGAAGAUAUCACAGGCAUCCCGUUCCACCACCGUUCCAAUUCUAGCACCACGGCUGCCAACGGUCCCAGGCCCAUUGGCCAAGUCGCCCUUCCAUGAUGAGCUUGAAUUUCAAUACUUCCAGCUCUUCCGCGAGAGGAUGAUCCCGCGUCUGAUCGGCUUCUUCGAAUCAGAUUUUUGGCAACGCCUCAUUUUCCAAGCUUCCGAGACAGACCCCUCGAUCCGACAUGCUAUCAUUGCGAUUGGGGGGUUGAAAGCCAUCACGGAUGUGCCCCCCGCCAAGGAUCAGCGAGGCCUUCAGGAUCACGUUGAAUUCGCUCUCAGCCAUUACGCCAAAGCAAUUCAAGCCAUGCGGAGGUGUUCUCUCAACGGAACGCAAGAUCUCAGGACGACUUUGAUCAAUUCGCUGCUUAUUAUGUCCUUCGAGAGCAUGAACGGAAACCACAAGGUUGCCAGCAAGCAGAUCUUGGUUGCACUAGAACUCCUUUCGGAGAAUUUCACCCGCGACAAAGCUACACCCUCCCCAAAACCAUACCUUGAGGACGAAUUGAUUAAUACUUUUGAACGUCUGGAUCUCUCCACCAUGGCAUUGACAGAUUAUCGAUCUCCCAAUAAGCAUCUUGCCCUGCAAUGGUUCGGACAGGAGAGGGUGGACCGCAUGCCGGAGUUCUUUUCUUCGAUGAAUGAAGCAAGAGGCUAUCUUGGUCUCGUGGCUGGUAGGCUAGGUCAUUGGGUUCACGCUGCAUUGCCUGACAAUCUUUCUCGUGGAGCUUUCAACAGCCACGUUUCCGACUGCAUCCCUGAUGAAUAUCUCCCUUCGCGACAAAAACACCUGGGCGAAUCUCAAAGAUGGCAUAAAGCAUUUCAACCUCUGCUUGAUCAGUCGAGGAUGUCAAAGACAGGAUGCAACCACCUUGCUGCUGCAGCUCUCGACCUUCUUUAUCUCACCUCCUACUUUGCAGCGGCAGUCAUUCGAGAUUCGAGCCAGCAAUAUCCGAACACGCGCGGCUUUAUGGACAUCUUCACUCAAAUGGUUUCGCACUGCGAGACCAUUCUCAAGGCAUCCAGUAUGCCGGGCGAAAAAGGUAUCUAUAUGGUGGAUAUGCAAGUCAUUUGCCCGCUGUACUUUGUUGCAUGGCGGUGUCCUCAACGAACACUCCGACGAAAGGCGAUCUCGCUUCUCUCGUCAUAUCCACGACGGGAGGCUUUUUGGGACUCGAUUUGUUCUGCCAAAUUAACGUCAUGGAUCAUGUCGCUCGAGGAAGAGAAUUGCGAUGAAGAGUAUAUACCGGAAGAAUUGAAGAUAAAUAUUGUGACUCUUCUUGAUGCCAACACCGUUUCCCGGGAAGGGCACUUCCGAUGUAUGGUGCCUCAAAAAGGGUCUGGGGAAUUGAUCCCAAGUGAAACGAUAAUCACCUGGUGA